AUGGCUGAAAAUCUCACUGUAGAUCAAAGCAACGAUCCUUGCAGCCUACCAACGGAAAUAGGCUCGUGCUCUGGAUCUGUCCUACGCUACACCUACAACCGUUCUACCGGCCGCUGUGAAGCUUUCUACUACAAUCCGUGUGCGAAUAUGCGCUGUGGUCUCAACGCCUAUUGUGCAAGCGGGUAUUGUUAUUGCAACGAGGGCUACGAGGGUGAUGCCAACACCGAAUGUCGAGCCACUUCUUCGGGUAGUGAUGCCUUUAUUUUGUAA